AUUUGCAAAGCCUCACCCAUGUGCCACCGGGUAGCUGAGUGGAAGCAAGGCUGCAGGAAGAGGAGCCGUGCUAGUUGGCGGCACCAAAGGCGAGACAAAGAGCCUUGCGGAGCCUGAGAAGCUAACACGUGGAUGGGGGCUGGAGAGGAUAUUUAGCACGUAGAUCCUGCAAUUUUGAGCGCCCGAGGCACUUUUGCCCUCAUUUUUGCCUCACAACAGCCCUGCGAGGUAGGCCAGUCUUCUUCUUCCCCGGUUGCAGAUGGGAAAGAAUAGAGGAGGUUGAGCAGCGUCGAGAAGGACUUCAGCUCCCAGCAUUCCAACUGUGGCCCAUGCCAGCUGUGGCUGAGGGGAGUUGUAGUCCAACAACAGCUGGCCAGUCACAGGAUCUCCAGCCCUUUGGGAGACCGAGAAAAGUGGCUUGGAUGAGGGCGUCAUGCAAGCUUGUAGGUGAAAUGAGUGGAGCCAAGUGCUUAGACUAGCGGCUACAGGUUUUCUUGCUGUUAAACACCUUGAGAAGUUACUUAGGGAAACAGGAGGGAUAAAUGUAUUCAAACAAACUCCAGGGAACCCCAUUGAACACAGAACUUGUUCCGAGGUGACGACUGAAUGUAAAACCAGGAAGAAAACAAUCAUCUCAGAAGGUGUGAGCUGGUGUGAGGCUCAUCUCGUUUUCAAGAGAUGAACGGAGACUGUUUCUCCUGAGUCCUGAGGCAGAAGAGAUGCCUGGAAGUCAGCAGGGACAAGAAGGACACCCCAAGAGGACAACAAAAGACAUUUCUAUUUAUGAAGAAGGCGACCCUGGUUUAAAUGAAAGUAUGCUCCAAGAAGUAAGAGAGAAUGUAGGCACAGCCUGUGGAAAAGUCCUCCAUCAGAACUUUGAACUCCUUGAGAAUCAGAACAUGCCAACUGGGGAAAAUUCAUAUAAGUGCUCAUCUUGCUGUGAAACAUUUCCUGAGCAAGCCCUCUUAAUUAUACAUGAGAGAAUCCACACUGGAGUUAAACCAUAUGAAUGCACAGAUUGCAGGGAAAGCUUUAGCACAAGCUAUGAAUUUAUUGAUCAUAUUAGAAUACACACAGGGGAAAAACCGUAUACCUGUUCAGACUGUGAUCAGAGCUUCCACUUGAAAGCAAACCUUACUGCACACAAGAGAACCCACAUGGCAGAAAAUCCCUACGAGUGCUCUGAAUGUGGGCAAAGCUUUGGUAAAAAAUCGCAUCUCAUCACACAUGAGCGAACACACACUGGAGAGAAACCCUAUCAGUGUCCAGAUUGUGGAAAGAGCUUUAGUCAGAAAGGAAAUCUUGUUUCCCACAUGAGGAUCCACACGGGGGAAAAACCAUAUAAAUGCUCUCAGUGUGGCAAAUGCUUUUCUCAUUGCACUUCGCUGAUGAUGCAUGUGAGAACCCACACAGGAGAGAAACCGUACAAAUGCUCAGUAUGUGAAAAAAGCUUUGUUAAUAAGGGAAACCUUGUCUCACAUGUGAGAAUUCACACAGGGGAAAAACCUUAUGAAUGCACAGAUUGUGGGAAAAGCUUUAGCACUAGCUUUCAGUUUAUAGAACAUAAAAGGCUACACACAGGUGAGAAACCAUAUACAUGCUCAGACUGUGGGCAAAGCUUCAAUUCAAAAUCCAACCUUAUUACACACAAAAGAACCCACACAGGGGAGAAACCCUAUCAAUGCACCGUGUGUGGUAAGGGCUUUAGAGUUAAAUCAUCCCUUACCAAACAUUUAAGAAUCCAUACAGGGGAGAAGCCUUACGAAUGUUCGGAGUGUGGGAAAAGCUUCAAUACUAGUUCUUUGCUUGUAAAUCAUAAAAGGGUUCACACAGGAGAGAAACCAUAUACAUGCUCAGGUUGUGGGAAAAACUUCCGUCAGAAAGGGAAUCUUGUUUCACAUAUGAGAAUUCACACGGGGGAAAAACCAUAUCAGUGUUGUGACUGUGACAAAAGCUUCAUUGAUAAAAAGUCUCUCAUUAAACACAAAAGAACCCAUACAGGAGAGAAAGCCUAUGAACAUUCAGAUGAUGGUCAAAGCCUCAGGUACAGCUCCCUGCUUACCUAGCACAGUGGAACUCGCAGAUAAUAUUUUGAGUGCGAGGAGAGAUUCUGUAGCCUUGCUGUCCUUUGUAAACAUCAGAGAAUCUUCACAGGGAUCAAUAAAGAUAGCCAGAUUAUAAGGAAAGCUGAAACUCUGGCCUCUUCAAGUUUAGCCUGUUGAAAGUGAAGAGUUUCUGCUGGACACCUUC